UCCCACUGGAGGUUUCAAGGUCACCGCCGCGUGGCGCCGCCGGCAAGCACGCGUCCUCAGUCCCCCGGCCUCACGGGCUCGUCACGUCACACCACGUCACAGUCACCGGCGGCCCAGCCCACCGCCUGAACCCGCCCGGCCAGACCGCGCAUCCGCUAUCCCUAACGGUCUCAAACCCGUUUAACAUACGGAUUUCCUCACGCUUGCCCACCUGCACAGUCGGUGACACACAUCCUCUCCCUCUCGACCAUACUCACCCUCGGCCACACUUAGAAAACACGUGUGGACUUAGAAAACAAAUUCAGGGCAACCGCGCGCCCUGAGCCGGAUCCUUCCGCAGCAGACAACUCCGAGCCAGCGCACGCGCGCGUCCCCUUUGAGGUGCUGGGACAGCCAUUGUGCCAAGCCUGAAAUCUGUCCUCAGAGAGAUCCGAGGUCCCGAAUUCAGACGGAAAACCAGGGCCUAAGCCGCGGAGACGGGGAGGUCGCAGCGUCACUCCACACCCGAGUGAAACUGCUGAGGUGCAGCCCGAAGAGCGGCAGAGGACCUACGUCGCUCGCUCCCGCCUCCUUCCUCUGGACUACGUUUCCCAGAGGCCGCAGCUGUGCACCUACUUCCGGUGGGGCCGGCGGCGGAGUGGUCCGCAGAGGCAGGUGCUACCCUGGUCCUGUCUCGUAGGCCGGGCUCGGCCUGCGGCCUCACCUGGAGUCGAAUCAGGACUCAGCCCAGAGCCCUUCCUGGGGAUGCUGAAGCAACACUUUCUUUGGACUCUGAUUUUCUUCUAAAGUGGAACCAAGAAGAGAACUAAUAAAUACAUUGAAUUCUAAAAAAAGCCAUGGACCAUGAACAUGGAAAGUGUACAAGGAAGAGUGCUGGAUGAUAACAGGGGUUGGUGAUGUUCCAAGAUGUGGCUAUAGAUGUGUCUCAGGAGGAGUGGGAGUGCCUGAACCCCGCGCAGAGGAAUUUGUACAAAGACGUGAUGUUGGAGAACUACAGCAACUUGGUUUCACUGGGACUUUCUGUUUGUAAGCCAGCUGUGAUCUCCUCCUUGGAGCAAGGGAAGGAGCCCUGGAUGGUUGUGAGGGAAGUGACAGGAGGAAGGUGCCCAGACUUGGUGUCCAGGUGUAAGCCCAAGAAGUUAGCUCCAAAAAGAAUUUAUGAGACAGAAUCAUCCCAGUGGGCAAUCAUGGAACAAUUUAAAAGCCAUAAUCCUGAGAAGUACAUUUUCAGAGAUAUUUGGGAAUGCAAAAUUCAGUUUGAGAGACAACAGGGACAACAGGAGGGCUAUUUCAGGCAGUUUAUUAUCAACCGUGAACACGUGCCCAUAUUUAGCCAACAUACUUUACUCACUCAGGAAUUUUAUAAUAGACAGAAAAUCUUUGAAUGUACAGAAUGUAGAAAAAACUUCAGUUACCAUUUAUUCUUUAGUCAUCACAAAAGAACUCAUUCUAAAGAAAAACUUUCUGAAUGUAAGGAAUGUGCAGAAACUGUUAAUACAUCAUACCUUACUGAACAACAGAGAAUUCAAAAUAGUAACAAGUGCAGUGAAUGUAAAGAAUGCUGGAAGGCUUUUAUUCAUUGCUCACAAUUUAAACAUCUGAAAAUUCAUAAUGGUGGAAAACGCUAUGAAUGUAAAGAAUGUGGGAAGGCCUUUAAUUAUGGCUCAGAACUUAUUCUCCAUCAGAGAAUUCACACUGGUGAGAAACCCUAUGAAUGUAAGGAAUGUGGGAAGGCCUUUAGGCAGCGAUCACAACUUACUCAACAUCAGAGACUUCAUACUGGUGAAAAACCCUAUGAAUGUAAGGAAUGUGGGAAGGCUUUUAUUCGUGGCUUUCAACUUACUGAACAUCUGCGGCUCCAUACUGGAGAGAAACCCUACGAAUGUAAAGAAUGUGGAAAGACCUUUAGGCAUCGCUCCCACCUUACCAUACAUCAGAGAAUUCAUACUGGUGAGAAACCCUAUGAAUGUAGAGAAUGUGGAAAGACCUUUAGCUAUCACUCAAGUUUCUCUCACCAUCAGAAAAUUCAUUCUGGCAAAAAACCUUAUGAGUGUAGUGAAUGUGGGAAGGCCUUUUGCGAUGGCUUACAGCUUACCCUGCAUCAGAGGAUUCAUACUGGUGAGAAACCCUAUGAGUGUAAGGAGUGUGGGAAGACUUUUAGACAGUGCUCACACCUCAAAAGACAUCAGAGAAUUCAUACUGGUGAGAAACCUCAUGAAUGUAUGAUAUGUGGAAAGGCCUUUAGACUUCAUUCACACCUUAUUCAACAUCAGAGAAUUCAUACCGGUGAGAAGCCCUAUGAAUGUAAGGAAUGUGGGAAGGCCUUUAGCUAUCAUUCAAGCUUCUCACACCAUCAGAGAAUUCAUUCUGGGAAGAGACCUUAUGAGUGUGGGAAGGCCUUUAAUCAUAGCUUAGAAUUUAAUCUACAUCAGACACUUCAUACUGUUGAGACGCCAGUAAGGUUUCCUCUCUUCUCCCCCCAUGCUAGUCUAGCAUCCUGAAAUGACUUUUGGAAUUACACAUUUUCUUUUUUUUUUUUAAGGGAAAGCUUGGUAAAAUACUGAAUUUCAUUAGUAUUGAUUUAUUUCAGUAAACUUUGAAGGUCAAAUUUAUUUUUUCAAGUGGGAAAAUGGAAAAGUUAUUAAAAGAUAAAAAUUGCUAUCUUCAAUGUUGUUUCCGAGUUAUUGUAGUGACCACUAUUGGAAAUAAAUUUUAUAUAAUUGUUUGUUUUUGUGGAAACCAGUGAAGUGUGGCAAAAAUAAAAUGAAAACAAUUUCUCCCCAUCCCACAAAUGCCUGAGAUAUC